AGCUUCGAUUCAUCCACCUCUCGGGACAGACACCAUAAGAAAAUACAUCAGCCAGGGGGCAGUGCCAAAGAUGCGGCACUCGGAGAGGAGGACAUCAUCAGGCUGGCCCAGGACCAGGAGACGCAAGUGAACCUGCUGGAGCUGCAGGGACAGGUGUUGUGGCUUGUGGGCGACCACAAUGAGGGGCACGACAAAUUCCUGACCACUGCCCAGAGUCCUGCUGAUGAGCCCACUCAAGGAGCCCCCAUCCCCCAGGAGCUUGGGAGUGCUGACAAGCAGGGUGAUCUUUGGGAUGUGAGCCUCACUGACAGCGUGGAGCCUGCACCAGGAGAGGCCAGAGAGGGUUCUCCCCACCACAACCCCACUGCACAGCUGAUUGUGCAGCUGCUUCCUCUAAUGCAGGACUCCCCAGGAGCACCGAGGCUUGGGCAGCAACCCCUGCAUGCCAUUCUUUUCGGGCUGCCAAGAACAGGGAGAUAAACAUCAUCAUCAUCUAAGAGCUGCUCACGAAAUUAAAAAAAAAAAAAAAAA